CUUUGUCAUAACUCAGCUGCAGCAAAAUUAUGUCCGCUGGCAUAAAUUUUUCAGGAACAUCAGUUUUCCGCUUGAAAAUACUUAUUUCGAGGACUGGAUGUUAUUGCUCCAUUCUAAAGUUAUUAAACAAUGUGUUUUUUUUUUCCAGACAAAUGAACCAUGUACGGGUUAAUAAUAGAAAAUAUGACAGAGUACAUAAAGGCGACAUAUGGAGAGGAAAAAUGGGAAGAAAUUCGUCGGGCAGCUGGAGUGGAUCAACCCAGUUUCAGUACGCAUCAAGUUUAUCCGGAAGGUUUAAUACCGAGAUUAUCCAAGAAGGCUGUACAGAUUUUGAAAGUCAGCGAAAAAGAAUUCUUCGACCAAAUGGGAGUGUUUUUCAUCGGGUUCGUCAGCCAGUACGGCUACGACCGAGUACUGUCGGUACUCGGCCGGCACAUGCGAGACUUUUUGAACGGUCUCGACAACUUGCACGAGUACCUCAAGUUUUCUUAUCCGAGAAUGCGAGCGCCGAGUUUCAUUUGCGAAAACGAAACGAAACACGGAUUGACGUUGCAUUACAGAAGCAAACGGAGAGGAUUCGUUUAUUAUACGAUGGGACAAAUACGUGAGGUUGCCCGUCAUUUCUACCACAAAGAAAUGAAAAUCGAGCUGGUAAGAGAAGAACUAUUAUUCGACAUGGUCCACGUGACGUUCCAAUUGACAUUCGACAAUAGAGCUUUUACCCUGGCCUCGCUGACGAUGACCCGCGAAGAAAAACAUUUACCCAUCAGCGCUUCGGUCCUGUUCGAGAUAUUUCCAUUUUGUAUAGUUUUCGGAUCUGAUAUGAUAGUACGUAGUAUAGGAAAUUCGCUUAUGGUUAUAAUGCCCGAUCUCUUAGGGAAAAAGAUAACGAAUUGGUUCGAUUUGGUACGACCAUUGACUGCCUUUAAAUUUAGUUCGAUAUUAAACAGGACGAACAAUAUAUUUGAAUUAGUAACUGUUGAACCGAUUUUGAACGAUAAACCAUCGGGACGACAGGAAUUAGUUAUGAGUGACGAAAUGGACUCGUUUUACGAGGAAAAGAAUCUCAGGUUAAAAGGCCAAAUGAUUUACAUGGACAACUGGAAAAUGAUGAUGUACUUGGGCACGCCAGUAAUGCCGGAUCUCAAUUCGUUAAUCAACUCCGGCCUGUACAUAAACGAUCUAUCGAUGCACGAUUUCAGUCGUGAUCUGAUGUUGGCCGGAACUCAGCAAUCUGUGGAACUGAAACUGGCUCUGGAUCAAGAACAGCAGAAAAGUAAGAAGUUGGAAGAAUCGAUGCGGAAGUUGGACGAAGAAAUGAAAAGGACAGACGAGCUUUUGUAUCAGAUGAUACCGAAACAAGUUGCUGAUAGGUUGAGGAAAGGUGAAAAUCCUAUUGAUACUUGUGAGAUGUUUGACAGCGUCUCAAUACUAUUCUCCGACGUCGUAACUUUCACCGAAAUCUGCAGCCGAAUAACCCCAAUGGAAGUAGUCUCGAUGCUCAACGGAAUGUACUCGAUAUUCGACAGGCUAACCGAAAGAAACCGCGUAUACAAAGUGGAAACCAUAGGCGAUGCUUACAUGGUAGUCAGUGGAGCACCGUCCAAAGAAGGCAACCACGCUGAAAGGGUUUGCGAUAUGGCUUUGGACAUGGUUGAAGCUAUAACCGAUCUCAAAGAUCCAUCAACAGGGCAACAUUUACGAAUUCGUGUAGGAGUCCACUCAGGAGCAGUAGUUGCAGGCAUUGUAGGUCUAAAAAUGCCAAGGUACUGCCUCUUUGGUGAUAGCGUCAAUACAGCUUCAAGAAUGGAAUCUUCAAGCGAAGCAAUGAAAAUCCACAUUUCCGAGUACACUAGAGACUGCUUGCCGCAGUCUUAUCGAGUCCAGGAACGCGGCGAGAUUCAAAUCAAAGGCAAAGGCACGAUGAAAACUUAUUGGUUGCAAGGCAGAGAGUGCAGGACCCCAGUACCAAGGUUGCACGUGGGUCCGGUGUCUUCGUCGCAAGAGAAAAUUGUAGCUUUGAGGCCUGAGAUUAACGGACCGCUUUUGCCUCGAACUCCUGAGAGUCCUAAGGAUUUGGUUGUGAGAGGAGUUUAUUCUCCUAUAACGUUCCAGGAUGUUGCUAGGAGGAGUAUUGCUAGUAGUCCUGUUAAGCAUUUGAUGAGCAGUCGAGGUGGAAGAUCAAAUUCUGAAGGCGCAACAAACUGCCUGUGGGAUCCGGCAAAUUAUUUCGGCACGCCAAUAACCAAAGAAGAUUCCGACGACAACAACAGCAACAGUAUUAGCCUGGCAAGUUCGGCGAACAAUUCGCCAGUCCAAACUCCAUGUAAAACAGCAUCGACGUUCAAUUUGAGCGGUUUCGACGAUAGAAAACGAAAAUCCAUCGAAUUCAGUGUACCUAGCAGUAGUAAUAGUUCGAUAAGUUCGCCGUUGACGCCCGGAAUUCUCGUAAAAAGACGAGAUUCGUGUAACCCUGAUACGCCGGUGAAAAAAGUUGAAAUCGACGACGUGCCUAUUCAGAUCGAGCCUCAGAGCAGUAGCCCGUCUAAGACGCCCGAAUUUGGCAGGGCCAUGUACAAAUAUGCGAAGAAAUUAGGGAAACAGAAUAAUCAUAGUCACAAAGAUAUUCCGGAAUCGAAAAGCGAGGGCGAUAUUAAAAGGGGGGAUAGUUUGGCUAAGAGUGGCCUUUCGAACAGCAAAAGUCAACCGAAUUUUGGUAAAAAUAGCAAACAUCAACAGUGCUGUUCGGGGUUUAGCAGUUCGAAUAGGCAAAAGUUGCAACAUAACCCUUGUAUUAUUAUUUAGUAGGGGAUUGUUUUGACCAAAGUAGGGUUUCCAUACGGGCCAUUUGGAUCGGAAUUCGGAACAAUGUCCGGAAAACUUGGAGAUCGUGGAAACAACCUAACUUUGUUAAAUAUUUUAAUCGUUACGGUACUUCAUCUGUACUAUUAUCAAUGAACACAAAAUUCAUUCUUCAUGAAAAUUUUAAGUUAUUUUUCGGAUUUUGUCUGGAUUUCUUCUUGACUUCUUUGUCCUGAUUUCCGUAAAACCUUCAUGGAAACCCUAAACCAAAGUGUACUCGAAAUAAGUAAUAGUGUGAUAAUUAUUUAAUUAUAUAAAUUUUUAUCAAUUAUUUUUUUUUUUGUAUAUUUUAUUAGUGAUUAAUAUUAGCCAAAUAAUUCAAAUUAAUUAGAACAAAAUAAUAUCAUUGUGAUCAUAUCGGAUAGUUAUCAGCACUUUUCUAUAGUCGUUUCUAAAAAAUUAUAUUGCAUCAACGUUAUUUUUA